AUAUUUUAUAAGUAUACAUAAUCUAAUUCUUAGAUGACGAACAACUACGAUGAAUUCGAUAUUCAAGAAAUAAUCAACGAAUCGCCGAUAUUCCCGUCAUCAAUGAUAGAGAGUACGACUAUUCCAUAUAGUCCCAUAACUCCAUCGGAAGCUUUUUCCCCUGACAUGUUCCCGUCAUCAAUGAUAGAGAGCAUAACUGCUCUAUAUAGUGCAACAACUCCACCGGAAGCUUUUUCACCUGACAUGUUCCCGUCAUCAAUGGUAGAGAGCAUAAAUGUUCCAUGUAGUGCAAUAACUCCACCGGAAGCUUUUUCACCUGACAUGUCCCCAUCGCCAAGCAUGUUACACAUGCUUCCGUUGAAGACUCCUCGCGAGUUUCACAAUUUGAUUAUCGGGGUUAUUAAACAAUGCGAGAUCAAGACUUCUUCCUGGGGUGACGAUGAGGACGAAAAUCACGCGCUGAAUAUGGCUAUGGAGCGGUAUGAAAAUACCAUCACCGCCGCUUCCGACGACGACUGGGGGGGGUAA